AGUGGCCCGUCUGCUGAUUUGCAACCCGCCGAAACAGCAUCGGGGAAGAAGGAGGCCUUCGGUCGGUUCGCCAUGGACUGUUCCAGGAUCAGUGCCGUUUAAAUAGGGCUCUAACAGUAGUGCGAUGCUAUUUUCCCGCCAAAAUGACGCUUCCGAACAGUGCCGAACAUCUCCGAAGAUGCAUGAAGAUGACACACUCCUGCCGCGGAGCGGAGCGUGACGAAAACAAAGAUGGCAGACCUCGUAUUGAAAAGUGUCUGAAAUGGGAAUGUUUUGAUCACACUGCAACCCAAGCCGUCUAAAUGACUCCUGGUAGUUACUGUAAUUUUGCAAGAAGAGACAAGAAACAAUUAAAACUACUUUGUUGAAACCAAACAGAACUGUGUUUGUCUCAGAAGAGACUUUACAAAUGGAUCCAUCUUCUGGAAUGCACAUGCCUGCUGUUCCUCCAAACAAUGAGGUGGUCCAUGUGGCUGUUGGGAAUCCUAUCAUAACAAUGUAUCAGACUCCACCACAGGCCCCUAACAUUGCGCAGAUCAUUACGCAACAUGUCAUACCACAGGAUGUUACCUGUCAAACUGUACCACAUACAGUUACUUCACAAGUUCAGUUAGCAUCACAAGUGCAGGCUUCAUUGCAUGGCCAUGGUCAAGGACGGGGUCAAGCUCAAAGCCAUGGCCAAUCACAGAGUCAUAUGCAAACUCAAAGUCACAUGCAGAGUCAAAGUCAAGGACCGUCACAAAGUCACAUGCAGAGUCAAAGCCAUGGACAAUCACAGACCCACAUGCAGUCUCAAAGCCACGGGCCAUCACAAGUCCAUGUUCCACAAGGCUCAUCACAAAGCAACAGUGUCGCAGUGUCUCAAGAUGGUGCCAGAUCAUCACUGCAGGUCCCCUUUGCAGAGGUCGCGUCUCUGCUGGAUCCUAACAUGAAGAGCUCAAAAGCCAGAAAGUACCAAAUCCAUUAUGAGGAAGUUAAACGGAGGCUCGAGCCACCUGAGAAGAUGUCACUCAGAUCUCUAGCUGCCUACACUAGAGUGAGUCGGGGUCCAGCUAGUAAAAAAACCCUCCUGGAAUCGCUGAAUGUCUUUGGCUUGUCACCAAGCACCAACACGGCAGUGUCGAGUACUUUCUCCAAACUCACUGAAGGUGAUACAGCAGCAUUGUGUAAAGACAUGAAGGACUUUGCCUUACAGUAUGUGGAUUACGAAAAUAUGGCAAAACAGUUACUGCCAGAGACAAACCAGGUUCAGCACUGGUCAAAAAUAAUUGAGACAAGGAAUUAUCUAGAAGAGAUGCGGAAAGUUUUCAAAGACCCCAUUAACAGCAGCCUGUUCUCCAAUGUCACGCAUGGCCUUGGUAAUGGAAUGAUGGAUGUUGCCCUUGACAUCAUUGAUACUGUAAUUGACCGGCAGAUCCGAAUCCUCUCAGGGAACACAGAUCCCAAACCUGAGCCACCUGUCAGGAGAAUCCGAAAACGCACACGUAAACCCAAGACUGCCGUGGAGGAUGGCAAACCAAAAGAGAAAGCCAAAAGAGGCAAGAGGAAAAGCAAACAGAUGCGUUUGGACACUGUCGAACCGCAGGUUCCACAGUCCACAGACGUAGAGAGUAGUGUACUGACUCUGGUUUCUGUAGGAUAUGAGACCAUAUCAAGCGGCCUUAGUGCCACCAGCACGGGUUUAUCAUAGUGCUGAGACUGAUGGACGCUAAGAGCACUGUGUACAUGCUGAGUGUUGGUUUAAAGCCCAUUUUAGCUUUGUAUUUUUUUAGAUUAAAUGUCUUCAUCUAUAGUACCAGUCGUAAAUUUAGAUACACUGUCUUAUUCAGUGGUUUUUGUUUUAUUUUUAUUAAUUAAAAGGCACUUCGUGUCUUAAAGUAAUGAUGGAUGUCAUUUCUCUUUACUUAGUUGAGUAGUUCUUGACAUAAUCUGGAUUACUACAGUUGUGGAAUAGGGUUAUUUACUGUAUUUUUAUUAGUUACUGUUUGGUCUCAAAUGCAUUAAGAAGGCAAGAAAUUGCAUUAAUUAACUUUUGACGAGGCGCAUCUCAUCUCAUUAUCUCUAGCUGCUUUAUCCUGUUCUACAGGGUCGCAGGCAAGCUGGAGCCUAUCCCAGCUGACUACGGGCGAAAGGCGGGGUACACCCUGGACAAGUCGCCAGGUCAUCACAGGGCUGACACAUAGACACAGACAACCAUUCACACUCUCAUUUGCACCUACGGUCAAUUUAGAGUCACCAGUUAACCUAACCUGCAUGUCUUUGGACUGUGAGAACAUGCAAACUCCGCACAGAAAGGCCCUCGCUGGCCACGGGGCUCGAACCCGGACCUUCUUGCUGUGAGGCGACAGCGCUAACCACUACACCACCGUGACGAGGCACACCUGUUAAUUGAAACACAUUCCAGGUGACUACUUCAUGAAGCUGGCUAAGAUAAUGCCAAUCAUAUGCAAAGCGUCAUCAAGGUAAGUUGUGGUUACAUAUUCCAUCCAUCCGUUAUCUGUAGCUGCUUAUCCUGUUCUGCUGGAUCACAGGCAAGCUGGAGCCUAUCCCAGCUUAUUAGCAAAGGCAUGCAGCUUAUUAGCCUAACCUGCAUGCCUUUGGACUGUGGGGGAAACCGGAGCACCUGGAGAAAACCCACACUGACAUGGGGAGAACAUGCAAACUCCUCACAGAAAGGCCCUCGUCAGCCACCGGGCUCAAACCCAGGACCUUCUUGCUGUGAGGCGACAGUGCUAACCACUACACCACCGUGCUGUCCAUGGUUACAUAUUGAAGAAUCUAAAAUAUGAAACACUUUUUUAACCACAUAAUUCCAUAAACAGCAAAACCCCCACUGUUGCAUUCAGACCUAGAGUGUUGAAUUAACUCUUUCAGAGUUCGUGUUCAACUGGACAUGAAUCAACAUCUACGGUGUUAAUUCAACACUGUGGAUUUUACUCUGCAUGUUAUUUCAUAGUUUUGAUGUCUUCAGUAUUGUUCUACAAUAUGGAAAAAAGUCGAAAUACAGAAAGCCCUAUGAAUGAGUAGGUGUGUCCAAACUUUUGACUGGUACUGUAAAUGUUCCGUUUUCUUUUUGGGUGUCUAAAAGGUUUCAUUGGGAAGGAUGAGUGGUUUAUGUUUUCCAAUAUGUUUUAAUAAGAAAAGGCUUUUUUUCAUGUAUUAUUUGUUUAAUUCCUCUUUUUUGCUUUUCUGAAGAACAAGGCAAGCAGGACCUAUAAUCCUGAAAGAAAUCAGACCUGAUGUUUUGUGAAGUGCAGAGCACAAUUCAGAUGAAUAAAAAAAAAUUAUGUAAAAAGUCAUUGAAAUAGGAAAUGUAAUGUGUUCAUCUUGCUAUUGUCACCACAGAGCAUUUUAUUUGGAAUAUUACAUCCUCUUUGAAAUGAAGAGAGAUAUUUCAUGUUUAUGGACUAUUUAUUUACUUUCCUUUCUUUUUCAUUGUAUGUGUGUAUUUGAGGAAUUAGUAGAAAACCGUCGUUUGUAUU